AAUCAAUGCAACAAAACUACACGAAAGGUAUUUGAAUGUGUUCAUCAUUAAUUUUUCAUGCCAAGAUUUUUACUAAACAUCGCCAUAAAUCACAAACAACGCCAAACUCAAGGGUUGCUCUCUUCCUAUCGGUUUCCGAUCUUUUUCCCCCAAUGAAGUUCAAUUUAAAUUAUUAUUUCAUUUAUUUAUUUUGCAUGCAAAGCAGAUGUAUCUUUUAGGUUUGGAACAGUUUUACUAAAAUGACAGAUUAUUAUGAUUCUAUUAAACGAUUAUUUAGCAACGUUCUAUAUGAAGACAUUCAAAAACGCCAGCUUAGCCAAGCUGAUAUUCGAAAAGGAAUUCAAAACAUGAAAGAAGUUUACAAGCCUAAUCCUUCACGCUUUCACCUAUCGUCUGAAUUUCUGGAUGUCGCCAAUUAUAAUGAUCCUGCCCAUAGAUGUGCUUAUUUACAUAAAUAUGCCCCAUUACAUACCGCCCUUGUUAAUGAUAUGCUGGGCAAAUCGAUGCAGCACGUGAGAUUUUUAUUACAAGAUAUUUUAGCUGAUACCGGACAUAUAGAAGUUUGUAGUUUAGGUGGUGGACCUGGAAGCGAUAUAUUAGGAGUGAUAUCGGUUCUAUCAACCGAGUUAGGAUUUUUUAAAUUUUCAGCAACAAUUAUCGAUUGCAUGGAAGAUUGGAAAUAUACAUUUUCUGCAAUAAUUAAAGAAUUGCGUGGUGGAAAUUAUGGAUUAACUAGUGUAUUUGUUCAGCCUCACUAUUUCAGUUGGAAUUAUAUCGGACAUAAUUUAUUAGGAAGAAUGACCAAUGAUGUAAAAAUCGCUCUCCAGAAUGCUAAAAUGGUCACUAUGGUCAAAUUUGUUUCAGCUGCUGCCUGCAAAGAAACUUCUGAAAUGAUAAAAAAAAUCUUCAGAUCUCUGACACCUGGAGCUUUAGUGCUGUUCAUCGAUAAUGAUGCUGGAGGCUUUUACAGACUUAUGGUUCAAGGCGCAAAAGAAAAUAGUUUGGUAACAGUGUUCGGACCUCUUAUUCACGAGCAUUAUAUAAACAGGAGUUUCGAUAUUCGGAGAUUCGGUUACACACCUUGUCUACAGACUAAAGUUACAGUUCAUAUGUGGAUGAAACCAAACUAUAAUAGAUCGAAUACAGUAAUGGGAUUUAGUCGAUAUGCACCAAUACGCCCACACCGACUCUCAAAAUUACCCGGUUCUUAAAACUGGAUAAGUUUCCUAGAAAGCAUUGCCAAUUGAAAGAUGAUAUAAAUCAGAUAAUUAAUGUUUAUCUAUAUAUUUUAAACUAAUACACUUUCACCAGAAGCAUUAUUGCAGUUCAUUGAUAAUGCUGCUAGAGUUUCACAGACUUAUGAUCCAAGUCGCAAAAAAGUAGUGUGGUUACAGUAUUCGGAUCUCUUACUAACGAACAUUAUGCAUAUAGGAAUUUUGAUAUUGGAAUAUUAGUUACACACCUUGUCUACAAAUUAAAGUUACAAUUCAUAUGUGGAUGCGACCAAAUCAUAAUAUAUCGAAUACAGUAAUGGUAUUCAGUACAUAUGCACCAGUACACCCACACUAACUCUCAAAAUUGACCGGUUCUUAAUACUGGACAAGUUUCUCUCAA